AUAAACUACCGUGGCCAUUUGUACAUUCCCGCCACGUGUAUAGCGACGGAUACAUCUAGCUGUUAAUUUCAUUCCUGCUGAAUUUCGGACCUGUUUGGAUGUGUCAAAUGCUUGAAUUCACCGCAGGGACACUAUGAAAACACAGUGAGAAAACCAGCAGCUUUUUCCAAGUUUCACCAGAACUUCCUACAUCAGGAUGAAGGAACGGACAGAUGCUCCUCAGGACCGUGGCUGCUUGGUGGGAGUCUGUUUCUUCAUUCUGGGCCUGGGAACGCUGCUACCAUGGAACUUCUUCAUGACUGCCUCAUUGUAUUUCCAAGGUCGCCUGAACACGACAGAAUGGAGCAACGGCACAGUGGUGGUGCGCAAGGAGUACUACUUCAACAACUGGAUGACCCUGCUGUCCCAGCUGCCCCUGCUGGUGUUCACACUGCUCAACUCCUUCCUCUACCAGAGGAUAUCAGAGGCAGUGCGCAUCGCAGGUAGCCUGGUUUUCAUCCUGCUGCUCUUCAUCCUCACAGCCGUGCUGGUCAAAGUGCCCAUGGAGGAGGAUCGCUUCUUCUCUGUCACCAUGGCUACUAUCUGGUUCAUCAACUCGUUUGGCGCCGUGCUGCAGGGCAGCCUCUUCGGUUUGGUGGGUCAGCUGCCUCAGAAGUACAGUGCCAUCUUCAUGAGCGGCCAGGGCCUCGCCGGGACCUUCGCCGCCAUCGCCAUGCUGCUAGCCAUAGCCAGCGACGUCGACUCUGAGACAGCGGCGUUGGGUUACUUUAUCACGCCAUGUGUGGGAACGCUGGUCACACUCUUCAGCUACCUGCUGCUGCCCCGCCUGGAGUUUGCCCAGUUUUACCUCAACAAAAGCGGCAAGUACGAGGCAGGCACCACAGACGAGCUACUAAAAGAGAGCAGCACAGUGGAGAACGGCAAGCUGAACGGCCACGCUAACGGCACGGUGAGCAGCAGCACAACCGAGAGGGACAGUGCAGCUGAGACCGAGGUGGACCCCAGUCCAGACGGGCCCAAGCAGGCCUUCCUGUCGGUGGAGCAAGUGGAGAAGGGACAAGCUAAGGCCUCAGUCAUAGAGGUCUUCAAAAAGAUCUGGGUGAUGGCAUUCUGCGUGACGUUUGUGUUCACAGUCACCCUGUCCGUCUUUCCCGCCGUCACUGCAGAUGUGAAGAGCUCAUUCCCAGGAAAAUGGGAGCGAUUCUUUAUCUCAGUGUGCUGCUUCCUGAUUUUCAACAUCCACGACUGGUUGGGCCGGACAGUCACCACCUUGAUCCGUUGGCCUCAAAAGGAGUCUCGCCUGUUCCCAGUGCUGGUUGUCUCCAGAGUGAUCUUCAUCCCUCUGCUGAUGCUCUGUAAUGUCCAGAAUCGCUACUUCCUUCCCGUCUACUUCGGCAAUGAUUUUGCUUUCGCCAUCAUCAUGGCUCUCUUCUCUGUGUCCAGUGGCUACUUCGUCUGCCUCUCCAUGUCCUACGCACCACAGUUGGUGGAGCCUAAGGAUGCAGAGACUGCAGGAGCCCUGAUGACUUUCUUCUUAGCGCUGGGUCUGUCCAUCGGAGCCGCCCUGUCCUUCCCUCUCCGAGCCCUUGUCUAGUCACACACACAUACAGCACUGCAUAGACACUGUAGAAUAUUUUCACACGCACUCGGAGGGGAAAUAUGAUCAACGUGUUUUUUGUCAGUCUGCCCCUCCUGGACGACCUCCUCGUUUUUUCUCCAUUUUUUUCUGUCAGGUGCUGUGUGUGUGUUACAGCCUUGACAACCAAGCACCCUGAAUGACGCUGGAGAAACUGGUUUAGGUA